AUGAAUUUAGAAUUAUUAGGUAAAUAUUUAAAAAAAUUUUUUUUUUAUUCAAUUUUUUAACAUAUAUAUAAUUUUUUUUUACAGAAUCAUUUGGCCAGAAUUAUCCAGAGGUAGGAUAUUUUUACAAAUAUAAUGUACUUUUUAUUUCUGAAUCACAGACAAUAAAAUAAAAAUGUUUAUAAUCAUCAGGAGUUUGAUGGUACAUUAGAUUGUAUAUCAUUAGCAGUCACUUGUACGUUUAAUAAAAGAGGAACUCUUCUUGCUGUUGGCUGUAAUGAUGGUAGAAUUGUUAUUUGGGAUUUUUUAACACGUGGUGUUGCCAAAAUCAUUAGUGCACAUGUACAUCCUGUUUGUUCAUUGAGCUGGUCUAGGAAUGGACACAAAUUAUUAAGUGCAUCUACAGAUAAUAAUGUUUGUAUAUGGGAUGUUUUAUCUGGAGAAUGUGAUCAAAAAUACAGAUUUCCUUCUCCAAUAUUAAAAGUGCAGUUUCAUCCAAGAAAUCUUAAUAAAUUUCUAGUGUGUCCAAUGAGACAUGCAGCAGUAAUGGUUGAUAUUGAGGGUACCCAUAGAGUUAUACCUCUUGAUGAUGACAGUGAUUUAAACAUAGUAGCGUCUUUUGAUCGUCGAGGAGAUUAUGUCUAUACUGGAAAUGCUCGUGGUAGAAUUCUAGUUCUUGAUGCAGAGUCCUUAACUGUGAAAGCUUCUUAUAAAAUAUCACAAGGCACAGCUAGUAAUACAGCUGUAAAGAGCAUUGAAUUUGCUAGAAGAGGUUCUUGCUUCUUAGUAAAUACAUCAGAUAGAGUAAUUCGUGUAUAUGAUAGUACUGAAGUAUUGGCUUGUGGAAAAGAUGGUGAACCAGAACCAAUACAAAAAUUGCAAGAUCUUGUAAACAAAACUAUGUGGAAAAAGUGUUGUUUUUCUGGAGAUGGGGAGUAUGUUUGUGCUGGAUCUGCAAGACAGCAUGCUUUAUAUGUGUGGGAAAAAAGUAUUGGAAAUUUAGUAAAAAUUUUACAUGGAACUAAAGGAGAAUUAUUACUUGACGUUGUUUGGCAUCCAGUGAGACCAAUUAUUGCUUCUAUAUCAUCCGGUGUUGUUUCUAUUUGGGCACAAAAUCAGGUUGAAAAUUGGUCUGCAUUUGCACCUGAUUUUAAGGAAUUAGAUGAAAAUGUUGAGUAUGAAGAAAGAGAAAGUGAAUUUGACUUGAGCGAUGAAGAUAAAUCUGUGGUGCAAGGUGAAGAGGCUCAAGAUGAGGAGAUAGAAGUAGAUGUUGCGUCUAUAGAUAGAGUGGCUGCCUUUUGUAGUUCUGAUGAAGAAAUGGAAGAUAUUGGUUCGUUGCAGUUUUUACCAAUAUCACCAGAUGUAGAAGAUUCAGAAGAUAAUCAAACAACAUUACAUGAACCACCUAUGAAAAAACAUCGUUCUCAUGAUAUUCAUUUGCAAGGUGCACCAGUAGAUGAAUAAAACAAAAAGAGGUGUACAAUCUGUUAAAGAUGUAAUUUUAAGUGGUGGAAUUAUUAUUAUUAGUGGCAUUCUUAUUGUUUGGUUAUCUGUGUUUCUUUACACGGCAUUUUAUUAUGCCUAUGUACCAAACAUCUCAUAUGUACGACCAGUACAUCUACAGUUUAAGUCCUGUAAUGAAGAAAAAGGAAUUUGUAGCUUUCCAUCUGCAUUUGUGCAAUUAACAAAUAAACAACAAAUUUUAAUGGUUGGCCAACCAUAUAAAAUUAAUUUACAUUUAGAGAUGCCAGAAUCACCAGCUAAUAAAGAACUUGGUAUGUUCAUGGUUUGUGCUGAAUUACGCAGCAGAGAUACUUUCCUUGUAGGACAUACAUGUAGAUCUACUAUGUUACAUUAUCGUAGCACAUUAUUACAUGCACUUACAACAUUUACAUUUUCACCUAUGAUGAUUUUUGGUGCUACAGAAGAAAAACAAAAUGUAGUUCUUGAAUUACUUGAUAAUUUUGAAGAAGAUCAAAGUCAUCCAGUUACAAUUAUUUAUGUUGAAAUACAAUCAAGACACAUCGAAUUCUACUCUGCAAACAUUAUGAUAAAUGCACAUUUAUCAGGUCUACGUUAUUUAAUGUAUCAUUGGCCAAUUUUAUCUGCUGUUGUUGGUAUUGGUACAAAUUUGUUUUUCAUAGCACUUGUGUGCAUUCUUUCGUAUCUUCAUUUUACUAUCUAUGAAGAUUCUGGAGAUGAUGGUUUCAAUUAUGAAGAAGAUAAAAAGAUUGAAGAAAAACAAGAAGAAAAAAAACGUAAAGUUACAAAUGAUCAAUCAUCAGAUUCGUCAUCAUCGGAAGAGAUUGCUGCAUCUUUUAUAAUACCACGUGUUCAAGACUAUUCAUCUGAUGAAGAACCUCAUUCCUCUCACAUUGAACUAGUAAAAUAAUUUACAUUCCACAAUGCAGGGCAUUUUGAAAUUAAUUACAUAAUAAUAUAAUGCGUGUACAGAUAUAGUUUAUAGCUAUAAGUGAGUAAAUAUAUAAAAGAAAUAUUUAUUUUUCUAUACUUCAAAUACUUUAUUUGCUUCUGUUAUUUGCUUUUGUUAUAAGUAAUGUAUAUUAAAAGAAAUGUUUUUAAUAAAAUAAAAGAUAUGAAUAGUUUUAUUUAUAAUAUCACUUUAUUGGGGUAUGGGAUUAUUUGAGCUUUGAAUUUAGUUGAAUUGGAUUGAAGUUUCAUGAAAAUUCAGAUUCUAAUCCUAAAUUUUAGAUAUUUAUCCUUCAAUUAGAGGAUAUAUUUAAAAUAUCUCAGAAUAAUGAACCUUUACUUUAGUUUUACAUUUAAACAUGUGUAUUUUCUUUAUAUCUCGAAAAUGAAAACAGACCGUACAAUUUCGAGAAAUCAAUCAUCGUUACUCGUAAAUAAAUUGAAAAAUGUUGUUUGCUAUAGUUUCGGUCUAAUAGGAAAAUAAAAUAAUGUUUAAACAUGAUAAUUACAAAUAAUUUGUAAUUUAAACUCUAAAUUUUUUUUUAUUAAGAAAUAUAUAUCAUUUAGAUACAUUAUUUGCAUUACAUAUUUUAAAUUUAAAAUCUCGUUUGUAGUUAACAGCGCCAUCUUUUGAAAUAAAAGGACAGUUAUAGCCGUUUUAAAUUUUUCGAACGUAUUGUGGUGCUGUGCAGAAACGUUGUGAUUUUCUAUGUUGUAUUUGAAAAAUAUUCGAAUAAUAAGCAAUAUGUAGUAUAGGUUUGUAUAACAUUACAUUCACUUCAUAAAAACUUGUUCUCGUUCGACACAAAACAAGAAGUUUUCAACAUUUCGUGUGUAAGCAAUAUUAAUGUGGUUAAAAUAUUUCGAUUACAUAUAGAGUAGGAAAUUCUAAUUUUUGUACGUUAUUGCUUUUCAAGUUAAUAAAAGAAUUUUUAAAUUAUUAAAACAAUUUUUGGACAAAUGAUUUUUUUCUAAUCUUGUGCAUCUGUGUGACAUAUGAUAAAUAGAAGUAUUGAUGCUUUCAGAUACCUAAAGGAUAUUUUUCCGAUGUUUAAUGAUUCUAAUUAUUUUGCAUAAACAUCGAUAUACCAUAUUCGUCUUGGAAUAGAUUAGAUUCUUAAUCAAGGAAGAUAUUCCUAAAGAGUAAAAAAAGAUUCAUCUUGAAAUCUUGGAAGAAGUUUUUUUUAGAUGAGAUUUGCAUCUAUCAGAAGAGGUCCAUUUUGAAACAGAGUAAGUUCCAUUUCAAAUGUCUUUUCGAACAACGAAUAUAUAAUUUGUAAUUGUGACAAUAAAGAUUGAAAUGGUACAUCCUGUAUAUAGUGGCUUGGCAUGUUAAAAGGGAAAAAGUGACAUCAAAUGAAAGAAAUCUUACGUAUGUAAGUGUCGGUAAAUAAAGGGACGAAAGGACGAUGCAUUUUAUGCUUUUGUAAGACGUAAGCGGCGUACACACGAUGCAUAAAUACUAAGGAACCGGUUUUCUAUGUUACCCAGACUUCAUGCAAUGCGAUGAGUUAAGAAAAAGAACUUAAGGGGGCAGCACGAUUUUGUGGGAUUGCCUUGUAUUCUUCGUGGCUCGUUACUCGAGAUUCUCACAGGUGUGUGAGAUUCUCGUCUUCACCUUUGUUUUUAUUUCUUUUCUUUCCAUUAUUUUUUCAUUUUUUCAGGACUUUCGAUUUACUUCGAAUGAAAUGUAUAUUGUGAUAAGUGAAUAAUUCGCUGGUGUGAAAAUAACAAUGUUUUCAGAUUAUACAACUUAUUUCACGUUAUUAAUUAAUUAGAGUCAAUCGAGUUUAGUUUACAAAUAUAUUAGAGCAUAUAUAUAGAACAUAUUGGAGCAGAUGCAUUUUUUUCAGACAAUUCAAGACAGAAAAUAAUGGUAAUAAAAUAAAAAUAAUAAAUUUUCGAGUUAGCAUGAAAUUGUCAUUAUGAAACAUAUUUAAAUACAAUUUUUAUCAUUUUUAUCAUUGACUAACAGGUUGACAGUUUUCGAAGGAAGUAUCUAUUGUAUAAAUUGAAAUAAAAAUUUCGAAGCGUAGAAAUAUUAAUGGUCUAAAACCGUUUCAUUUUACACGUGAAAAUCGAAAUCUGAUUGAAUGUCGUGUGUUAUUCGCGUUCAUAUUUAUAAUAUUUUUAUUUCGUUGUUCAAAGCCGCAAGAAGCUAUUGUAAUUUUUUUUUUUUUUUUUUUUUUUUUUAAUAUAAAAAUACCCAUCAGCGAUUUAUUUCCUAAUGAAUUAAAUAUCGUACUGGCGUUCAGUUUAUUGACUUUUCAAAACAUGAAAAGCAAUGAUUACAUGCGCAAGCAUUCAAUGUUAUCGAGCGGGCUGACGUUUUCAAUUAAUAUGUGCAACGUGUAUGCACCGAAAUUACAAAUUUUAUAAUUUACUCGACGUGUGCCGUGAAAACGGUGUCGCGAAAUCGUUUGAUUUUCAAUAACUCGCUCGUCCGUUUCGAUGACCCAUAUGUCGUGGCUAACGUUAUCGAGCAUACUUUCGAGCAUACUAGAUUCGAAUUCGAUCUCGUCAGCUCAAAGAAGAUUCUUCACUUUUCACUAGUUUUUGCUCGACAAUUAAAUCAAGUGCCCGGAGACGCGAACUUUCGAAAAAAAAAAAAAAAAAAAAAAAAAUUGUUGUAUUUAUUCAGUCUAUGUGA